UGGCGACAGUACAGUGGCGAGCUGCGGGCAGUGGCAAGUGGCCAUAAGUCGUAUUGUGACGUCAAGGAACGUCGAGCGAUCAAGCUAUGAAAUGUCAGUGCUCCAGUGAUUGGAUUCCGCACCAAAAUUUAAUAAUUUCAAUUGAUUGAAUUACUUGGCCGUCUAUGUGAACAUACACCGACUUUUUCGUAUCUCUGCCGUGAAAAAUUCUCCACAAUGGUUCAACAAUACCAAUCACCUGUUCGGGUUUACAAACACCCUUUCGCUCUUGUCAUGAUGGCGUAUGAACGGCGUUUUCCAACCUGCCCACAAAUUCCAGUCUUUGUCGGUUGCGAAGUUACUUUAGAUGAAGAAAGUCAAGGUGGGGCAAUCAGAACGACAGAGCGAAGAUGUAAAUUAAAUGUGGAUGCACCGUAUAUUCUAAAGAAGAUAAUAGGCGUAGACUUUAUAUAUUUUAUUCAGAGAAACGUCCUAGAUCGUCGCAACAGUAUUUUAGAAAUUGAGGCUUACAAUGAAAGUUUUGCAUCGAGAGUUACUGUUUUAGAAAAAUGUAGAUAUUUUAUUCACCCGGAAAAUCCAGAAUGGACUUGUUUUGAGCAAACUGCCAGUCUGGAUAUCAAGAACUUUUUUGGAUUUGAAAAUUCAAUGGAAAAGUUAGCAAUGAAGCAAUAUGCACAGAAUAUUUCAAAGGGAAAGGAGAUAAUAGAGUUUUUUAUCAGCCAGAUGAAAGAAGAUGGUAUUACGUACGUAGCCCCUUGGGUACCACCAGAAAACGUACCUUCGCCAGUACACGAAAAAAUAUCUUUGGAAGAAAUCAAAGAACCAACCUCACCGAAAGAAGCAGGUUCAUUUGAUACAAAAUUACCCAGUACUCGAGAUAUGCAACUUUCUUCGGAUUACAUAGAAAGGUAUCUCGGAAAAUUGGAUAUGAUGCAAGAAAGUUGUCUCGUUCAAGUAAGACACAGCAUAGAAGAAUUGAGAGGAAGUUCGGUGCCAGGAGAUGCGACUUUACUUCGCUUCUUGCGCGCUAGUGAAUUUUCAAUGGAGAAAGCGAAGGAAAUGUUAACUCAAUCUCUUCACUGGAGAAAGAAGUACCAGAUAGAUAAACUUUUAGAAGACUACGAAAUGCCGCAAGUCGUCAAGGAUUAUUUUCCUGGUGGCUGGCAUCAUUUUGAUAAAGAGGGCCGUCCACUUUAUAUUUUACGACUCGGGCAAAUGGAUGUUAAAGGAUUGCUUAAGUCGAUUGGAGAGGAUGAAUUGCUUUUACUUGCUUUACACAUUUGCGAAGAAGGCCUGCAAUUGAUGGACGAGGCGACUAAUGUCUGGGGCCAUCCAGUUUCUCAGUGGACUAUUCUCAUUGAUUUGGAAGGUUUAAAUAUGCGGCAUUUGUGGAGGCCUGGAAUUAAGGCUCUUCUUCGAAUAAUCGAGAUCGUGGAAGCAAAUUAUCCAGAGACCAUGGGAAGAGUUUUGAUCAUGCGGGCACCUAGAUGCUUCCCUAUUCUGUGGACGCUGAUCAGCACAUUCAUACACGAAAAUACACGGAAUAAAUUUAUAUUCUACUGCGGUACUGAUUAUCAAGAACCGGGAGCUGGAGGUCUCAGUGAUUACAUCGAUGAACAGUUCAUUCCUGAUUUUCUUGGUGGAUCGUCAGAGACAUACGUUAUGGAAGGAGGAGUCGUACCGAAAAAUCUAUACAGAGUCGAUUUGGAAGUUCCUGCCAGUGAGCAUGAGCACAGUUUAUAUCACUCAAUUAGUCUUGGUCGUGGUCAAGUGCAUAAUGUUGUCAUACGCUCCAACGACCCAGGAGCUGUGCUCACUUGGGACUUUGAUGUUAUGAGGCAUAACGUGCUUUUUACCGUAUUGCACAAAGCAAUCGACGCCAACAUCGGCAAAGCAGGUACUAUGGCUGUGCCAUUGAACUUUGAACAUGAAACUGGAACCAAAGAAUGGAAGGAAGAUCUUGAUUGCAUAAAAGUCGAGCCUAGUAUCGUUUGUCACGAUGGAGAGAGCAUUCAGGGAACGCAUAUAAUGCAAGAACCAGGAACCUACAUUUUGCAGUGGCAGAAUCCGGAAGAAGGAGAAUUCCUACCAUCGAUCAGUUCCCACAAAGCGCAGUUAAUGUACUUCUAUGAAACGUUGCCAUCGGCACAUUAUAGAGGAUCAAUGAUGAGCCUUCAAUCGGCGGUGAGUGGAAGGUCAGUUGCAAGUUCUUCGUUGUCCAGAUGAGAAGUAAACACAUCUGCAAAGGCAGAACCACCCGAAGAUCUAAAAAACGACUGACGUGAUAUGCACGCCAAAUGACGAACAACUCAGAUCCUUUGUAGUAAAAUUUCUAAAGCCCGAAAGCGACUUGCCCUUGUUUAAAAGAGCAUAAAGAGAUUGAAAUUUAUUGGAAAAUCGCAGCGAACGUGACGAAGAAACAUAUAAAAAUAGUUGAACGCUGUUAGCCAAUUCUAGAAUAAAUAGAUACCGUUAAAUUAAUAGAAUCGUUGAAAAAUCUGUUAAACUGUAAUAAUGUUGCUGUCUUAAAAAUUAUUUUCGUAAACUUACAAAGAACAGAGCGACGGGUACGAUAACGACUUUUUGAUCGAUAUUGAAGCAAAUCUGUCAAUUCAGAUUUCCUGAUAACUUCCAGAUCUAAGUAUAAUCUUAGCAUUCUUAGUUGCUUUGCGAAAUAAUGAUUAAUUUACACUAUUCUGCGUAUACACUAUACGUGCAUCCUCAUUAAAAUGUACAAUGGCGUAGUUGAUCGAUCGCUUUAUUAGAAGAAGAAAUCCUCUUCUACUUCAAUGAACAAGGAAAUCAAUUAUAUUUAUUACUGCAAAAUUAGAUUGUGAAAGUAGUGAUUAACAAUAUUUUAGCCUAAAGAUACUCAAACUUUCAAGAAUAAGGCCUAGUAAACGCAUUUUCUGAGAAAGAGGACACAGAUUUAAAUGUAAAGGUACUUUUUCUUAUUUUUUGUUAUAUACCGUUUGUGUGGCUGUUUUUUUACUGUGCCUUUUUCUUACAGUUAAAAUAAACAAGUUCAGUACUUUCGAAGAAAAAUAUGUCAAUACAAAAGCAAUAGAGUGAUGUAGAAUUUGAUGCUUGCAUGAAUUAGAUAUAGAGCGUAGAAAAUAUGAAACUUCCCUCAUUAGUAAACCACGGUACCUCUCUCAUUUCUUCCCAAAAUGCUAGAAUUUAUCCAGUAGAACGCAAAUUGAAAUAAGUGUGUAGAUUUCAUAUCACUAAUUAAUAAGAUCACCAAUUAUUACAUCACGAAUUAAUCAAUAGUGCUUAAUUCACAUCCACUUUUUUAAGUUUGUUAAAAAAAAGUGAAUUAUUGUUCUAUACAAUCCUCAGUAUUGUUCAAAUUUUAAUAUCCUCUAUCUUAAUGUUACAUUAUCGAUAUUUUGUAAAAAUAUUACAUUCUAGACUACAGAAAUAUUUACAAUUUACAAAGGUUUUAAGCUGGAAAGAGGAAACGUAGCAUGAAUUUAGAUUUAUUUCGAGAUUUUUGUCGUCAAAUUGGAACAAUCCAUGAUGUAAUUAGAGUGACAGUGAUUGCAUGUUAAUUUAAAAGAUACAGAAAUGUACUAGUUUUAAGCGUUAAAAGGUAAUCUCAAAUGUCAUACAUAAGGUUAACGAGAUUGUGUUCUGAUGUGUACAAGAUUUGUAAUCUUUUAAGCCGUAUUCCUAUUACUCAAGUGCAAUGACGCUAUGGACCAAUAAUUUUUUUUACAAUCAUUUCAAGAGAAGGAACAAUUUCAAUCGUGUUAAAGGCAUUUAUUUAAUUACUAUCAAUGUUAUUUCAUUUUAAAAGUAAAUCAAGAACAUCACAAUAAAUAUAACCAAUAUUUUAAUGAUGAUCAUAAUUAAUAAUGAACUGAAUGAUUUUUCUUUUUUCAUAUCUAACUCAGUUUUUGUAGAAUUUUAUUAAUCGAAUGGCAAUCUGCCCGAUGUUAUCAAAACAACAUUCUUAAUUUUGAUUGCGAAUUGCAACUGGAGUUGUCCAAGAACAACUUUACAUUUUGUACGUUUUUAAUCAUGCAAGUUUUAUGCAAGUAUUUUAGUAACUCCAUGCAUGAUAAUGAUGACAUUAACUUCAAGAGUUAGUUUUUUUUAUAAAUGUAAUAUAGAUCUGACUGAUCAAAUAAGUGGAAAAGAAAAUUAUAUAUUUGGAUCUAGUUUUUAAUCAAUAUAGUUUUUUAUUUUCACUUUACUUUGUGUCCUUCCAUAUAAUCAUGUUCUAUUAAAGAUAUGGUAUCUAUUUUCCUAAUGCAGAUUAUAUAAAUAAGUUAUAUUAUUCGUGUAAGUGUAGCAAUGUAUGGAAAAUCACCUAUUCCAAAAGUAUAUGAAAUGAAUUUAGGAGAUAUUUAAAAAUAUUCACAGAUUGGAGGUUUUAAUGCGUCUAUUCUUUGAUCAUUUGAAAUAGCUUGUACAAAUUAAACUACUGAAUCAAAUGUUCGGUGUGCAAUUAUCUCGUUAAGCAGUUUUAACGAAAUUACAUGUUUUAGAAAAUCAUGAAAGUAUAUCAUGAAUGUAUAUAAUAUAUAAUGAUCAUGGAAAUAUAAUGUUUGGAUUAGAACUU